UUUUCAUUUUGUUUGUAUUUUACUUGUCAUUUACUUAUAUUUUACUUUUGUUGUCAUUUUCCUUAUGUUUUAAUUUUGUCUCAUUUAUAUAGACUUUUAUUAGAUAGUAAAAGAUUAAGAGUUGGAGCAGCAACCUAACCGCUCGGUUAAUGACUAUUCUUAUCGCGUAGGUAGCAGAUGUAGAGGCUACGUGGCCUCCCGUUAGAGCAUAAACUCUUUGAGGGCAGGGGCAGCUUUUGGCCUCUUUUUCUGUUCCCACCGCCUAUCGCAACUUCCAGCACCUCUUUGUAAAGGUAGAUAGGAGGGCGGAUCCGGCGCUCAAAUAGAAUGGAAGCUUCCUGGGGCCAGGCGCAGUUCCGCCCCAGGCUCGCGGAAUGAUUGACAGCACGGCGGCCCGGCAGUCUCGCGACGCCCGAGCCUUGGGCACAUUUCCAAAAUCGCGCGAGCUCACGACAAGUCAUCGAUCUUGGGAUCCAAGUCUUCCGUUCUUCCCUGUAUUCUGGGCUCCCAGGUGGCUAGUUCACUCCCCUAAAAGGGACGGGUGAAAAAAAAAGAGUCGUACCGAGCCAGCUAGGAGUCGAACCUAGAAUCUUCUGAUCCGUAGUCAGACGCGUUAUCCAUUGCGCCACUGGCCCUGUACAUGCACGACGCCUCGCAGCGGCUCCUUAUGAAGCUGCACGCGGCCGCGUCAGGCUCCAACCAGACGCUAGGUUUCCUGCUGAUGCACCUCCCCUCCGCCAGUCGUGGGUUCCCUUGGCCGACUAGUGGGCACGCAACCAAUCGAUACGGCGCGCCGCUUGCGUCACUUACGCUUUUUGGUCCGGUUCGCUCCUCCUUUCUCACCAGAGAAUCUCUUCGUGUUCUGAGGCUCUGGCCAAGUUUGUCCUGCUCCGCGCCCCGUCCGAGGCUGGAAUGGGCGGGUCGGGGGUGGGACUGAGGAGAGGUUCAGGGAGCCGGGCUGGGAGCUGCGGCGGCCACCUCCGAGGGUGACCGGCAGGACUCCGAGAGCAUAGCGGCGGCGGAGCGGCGGUGGCGGUGCAGGAUGGCGGCGGUGGCCUACGAGUCUCUGCAGCUGCAUGUGACCCCAGAAAAAUUUUACAUCGAGCCUUGUGAUGAUCGAGUGGAUGACGUGCUUGCCAUUGAUCGUGUCUCCACAGAGGUGACCCUCACAGGGAAGAAAGAUGUUCCUCCAUCAGCUGUUACAAGACCAAUAUUUGGUAUCUUGGGCACAAUCCGACUGGUAGCAGGUAGUUAUCUCAUUGUAAUUACCAAAAAGAAAAAAGUAGGCGAAUUUUUCAAUCAUGUAAUAUGGAAAGCAACAGAUUUUGAUAUCCUUUCAUAUAAGAAGACUAUGCUACACUUAACUGAUAUUCAGUUACAGGACAACAAAACCUUCCUUUCAAUGAUAAACCAUAUCUUGAGCAUGGAUGGGUUUUACUUUUCAACAACAUAUGAUCUGACACAUACUUUACAACGGUUAUCUAACACCAGUCCAGAAUUUCAAGAAAUGAGUCUGUUGGAAAGGGCAGAUCAGCGAUUUGUAUGGAAUGGUCAUCUUCUUAGAGAAUUAUCUGCUCAACCAGAGGUCCAUCGAUUUGCUCUCCCUGUCUUAUUUGGAUUUAUCACUAUGCACUCUUGUUCCAUUAAUGGAAAGUAUUUUGAUUGGAUUCUCAUCUCGAGGAGGAGCUGCUUCCGAGCUGGAGUGCGCUAUUACGUCCGAGGAAUAGAUUCUGAAGGCCAUGCCGCCAACUUUGUUGAAACGGAACAAAUUGUGCACUACAAUGGGAGCAAAGCUUCAUUUGUCCAGACUAGAGGAUCCAUGCCCUUUUUCUGGUCCCAAAGACCAAAUCUCAAGUAUAAGCCAAAGCCACAGAUCAACCAAGUGGCCAACCAGAUGGAUGGUUUUCAGAGGCAUUUUGACUCACAAAUAAUUACUUAUGGAAAACAAGUCAUCAUUAAUCUGGUUAACCAGAAGGGCUCAGAGAAGCCACUUGAACAGACAUUUGCAAAAAUGGUAACCUCCUUGGGAAAUGGAAAUAUCAGAUAUAUUGCAUUUGACUUCCACAAGGAAUGUAGUAAAAUGAGAUGGGAUCGUUUGAGUAUUUUGCUGGAUCAAGUAGCUGAUCUUCAAGAUGAAUUUUGUUAUUUUCUAGUGGACGUUAAUGGCAAAGUGGUGACAAAUCAGGAAGGAAUUUUCCGUAGCAACUGUAUGGACUGUCUGGACAGGACCAAUGUGAUCCAGAGCCUGUUGGCCCGCCGCUCUCUUCAAGCCCAGCUCCAGAGAAUCGGUAUUUUGCACGUAGGACAGAGGAUUGAAGAACAAGCUGACUUUGAGAAAAUUUACAAAAAUGCAUGGGCUGAUAAUGCAAAUGCUUGUGCCAAACAAUAUGCCGGAACUGGUGCCUUGAAGACUGAUUUUACCAGAACUGGGAAGAGAACUCAGUGGGGGCUGAUAUUAGAUGGCUGGAACUCGCUGGUGCGCUACUACAAAAACAACUUUUCAGAUGGCUUCCGACAGGACGCCAUAGACUUAUUUCUUGGAAACUAUUCAGUGGAUGAAGUAGAAUACAAUAAUCCACUACAUACACAAAAGGAUUGGAAAUUCUUGGCUUUGCCUAUUAUCAUGGUUGUUGCCUUUUCAAUGUGCAUUAUCUGUUUGCUUAUGGCUGGUGACACGUGGACAGAAACAUUGGCCUAUGUUCUCUUCUGGGCAAUUGCAAGCAUUGGAACAUUUUUAAUCAUUAUUUAUAAUGGCAAGGAUUUUGUUGAUGCUCCAAAACUGGUCCAAAAAGAAAAGAUAGACUGAAUUUGUAUUUGUGGAAAGCGGCUUGGCCUAGAAGAUUCCACAAUUCAGAAUUGGAGUCUUUACUGAUCUGCUUUCCACACCAGCCAGGUGUCUUCUUAGCUUUUUUUAUCUUUAGAAAAAAGCAAAUCCUAUACUUUAUUUAGUGAUGGUGACAUUCAAUUGAAAUCUGGUGGUACAGCCAUCUUCAGAAUGAUCUUCUAAAUAGUGCAUUAGUUGGAAGUGGGAUCCUCCCAAUUAGAACAAUGCAGGUCAAAGUCAUGGUGAUGUUUUUGGCUUUAAAGCCUGCCAGAAUUUCAACCCAGAUUCUGCUGAACGGAAUAGGAGAGCUAGAGGAAUCUACUUAUCCAACUGGUGCAGUAUUGGUAAUGUAUAAACUAAAUUGAGCUUCUUUCACUAUUUAAAAUAGCAAAAUUAUUUUUCUAGCUUGAGUUUCAUUCUUGUCAUCUCAGAACCAAUCAUAAUUGACAAGUCUCUGUUUUGUGGACUUCUGUUAAAAGCUAAAACUUGUUGAUGCUAAUAACUUCUAUGAAAAGGUUAAUCUUGUUUCCAUCUAAUAGUUUGAUUAAAAUCUUUGAAGUUUUCAUUUCAGGGGUCUCUGAAUAUGCUGGUGAAUGUUUGAAUUGUACUACAUCCCCACCACACUCUCCUGGCAAUACUUUUGUCAUUGCAGUUAGACUGACCACUUCAGUGUGAAGAGAAAGCUUAGGGAGAAUUCUCUUUUCUUUCUAAAGAAGGUACAUGAAAUCAAAGAAGAAUGAAUGUAAAGCCUCUUUUCUUUGUGAUGUUCUACUCUUGAGCUAAAGGCCCAAAGCAUCCGUGUUUGAUUGUCACGGAGGGCGAGAUGUGCCCCUGAGCCUUCCAAGAAGGAUCACCCGGCCUCCAAAGAGCCGAGGGUUUGGGGGAGGACCCCGUCUUUGCACUGGGAGCGGCAGCCUCCUUUCCACACGUGGUACUGGUGACAGCAUUGACUACGUACGUGACUUCUGCUGUUUAUCGGUGUGUCUCUCAAAUCUAGAACUUCAAGUCAUAGUUCUCUUAAUCAAGGACCAAUGUCAACUUUAAUUUAUGUACAAAAAUAGAAAGGAAAUACGCUUUCAAAGCUACGCGUAGUUCUAAUUGUGAAUACAACUGCAUAUUCAAAUCGCAAUUAUGAAGUCCGACAUUCUAAAUCUAUAUAAGAUAGUUGCCACCAUUAAAAGAUAAUUCACUUAAAGCACUGCUCCAGUGUGUCAGUGUUGUGCUUGAAAAUAUGUACAGUUUCUUUGUUUCAAGAGUACUGAUUCAUUUUAUCUUUAAAUGUUUCUAAAAGCCCUUUUGUUUCAAGAUUAUCUUUUGUUAGCACUCAUAACGAGAAGCUGUUGCUUUUAGAACUUGUAUGGAAAUAAUAGUUGAAAAAUCUUGUAUAGUUUAAACUCAGUCAUCAAAGGUAUAAUGACUAAGAUAUAAGUGGACUACUUGUUCUUAAUAUGUAAAUAAAUGUAAUUUGCUCCAAAGACAGAUGGACUAUGGGAUCUGCUAUGUCUAUUGUAGUACAUAAUCCAAAAGCUUUUAGCCAUUUCAUGCUAAAAACUCGUUUCACCAACUGCAACAAAGACCAAAUCUGAACUGCAAAUCUGGCUGCUUUGAAGAGAUGGAUUAAUUUAGGUUUAUUAGUUUCUAGGGUAUAUCUUUCAAAAUUCUACAGUGGUUUUAUUUCAUAUAUUGUAUAUCUGCAAAUGAUAAUAAAACUUCACUUUCUUUUCUAACUCCUGA